AGAGGAGGAGGAGGGUAGUGCUGGGAGAGAGGGCUGAAAGGUGAGGGGCAGAGCAUGCUCAAGCUUGGGCUGGGCUGCUGGGCAGCGCUUUGUGACAGGAGGGAAUGUUUUCGCCCUGGUCCACUGAAGAGGGGCUGACAGCAGUUGCCAGGACCCCAGAAGUUGGGUUCUGAAUAAACACUGCGCUCUCUCGGGCAGCUUGCAGAUGAAAAUGGGCAGCAUGUAACACAUUCUGGGAGCACUCUCCAGGCUGACUCCACCUCUGCUGUCUCCAUGUUGCUAUGUGGGGUGGCACCUUCCCUGUCAGUGGGCAAAGUCAGAUGUCACCUGACAGGCACAGAGUACCCCUCUGUGGAGACCACCAGAUGAUCCCCCACUACACACACACUGGUUUGUGAUCCAGUUUCUCAGGAAGGAAAUUACCAGAUGGCCUGGUUAACUAGAAAGACAGCCUAGCCCUGGUCAGAGGGUGGAAACGGAAUCAUUGUUCACUGGCUACAGGAAGUCCACCUUCUCCAGCAGCAAGAGGAACAGGAAGGAAGCAAAGAUGCAGGGAGACAGGAACCCUGAGAGGCCUGUGAGUAGACCCACACUCACAGACCACGGGGGGCAAGCCCCCCAAUAGCCUUCUAUGGCUAGGGAGACUGUGGCCUCAGUCGGACAUUAGUUCAGGUGCCCACAGGCUGAACAGGCAGAGUCCCACUGUAGGCAGCCCCAAGAGGAACUGACUAGACUUGGGGUCCCCAUGGCCAGAGCUUACAGCCAAGCACUGACUGUCUGUGGUACUGAGGGCUUGCCUGCUGCUCCAGCUGUCCCUCCCCAAGCCGCAGCCUAUACCUUAAGGUGGGGAGGGGACACUCUCGGGGUGGCCACAGGGACAUUCCCAGGGCAGAGAAGAUGGGACGUAGGCUCUAAUGAUUACUCAUGUGUGACGCAGCCCACACAGCCACUCUGCUCUUGGGAUCUCCCAGUUAGGCCUGCCCGGAGAAGUCACCUCCUAGGAGCAAACAUCACAGAGAACAGUAAAGAAUGCCAUUUUUUAGAAGAUAAAUGAAAGCAAGCAUUAUCCUGGCUCUUUUUUUUUUCUUUUUUAUCUAAAAUAAAAGUUCUAGUAAGUAAGAAAAUUUCGGAGAGCAGUUACCCCUAGCUCCUAGACGAGGCUUAUCAGCUGGUCAGCACCCACAAGCUGGCAGAAACACGCCCCUCUGCGAUGCAUGCAGGCUGGAUAAACAGCACUGUGCAGCUCUCAGACACAGGGGCCAGCAGCACGUGAACACAGAGGGAGUCCUAGCCAGACAGACACUGCUCUGCUCGCUCUCCCUGAAGCCCAGCUGCUCGCCCAGCGUGGGCCCGGAGCCCUGCCUCUUGCUCCACUUCUCACUGAAGGCCAUUAGCAGUCCGGGCAGCUGCUGUGCCCACCAGCUGCAUGGGGACGCAGUGGGCCAAGUGUGCCCGCCAGGCGCGCAUUCUGUAGCCAAGAAGUAGCUCCCGCCUGCUUCGUGGCUGUAGGCCGACAGGUCACAUGCACACACAUCUGGAAACGCACGUGUGGGAGGCUUGGGACCCCCUGCCCCAGCUCUGAUGUUUUCAAUUCUAAGCCUGCCCUGUGCCACCGCUGUGCCAUCAAAGAGCCUUGUGUGUCCCUGGGCCCGCAGUGAAAGCAGCCAGCAUCUCUAUGGCGGAGGCUCAGCGAGGUCCAACUAUUUUUGUCCUUAGUUCUACAGACAAACGUCUGUUCAGUUCAUUUCCCCAAGGGAAAAGGGGACUCAGGACUGAACCACACUGCUCUGGACCUGGCUGCCUGUACCCAACCUGCCAGGCCUCCCUGCCCAGGGGCUGGAUGCUCUGCAGGGCAGAUGCAGGGUGCACCCCACCCCCGCACAGAGCAGAGGAUGUGAGCACACUUGAUCUGGAGGGCAGACUGUCCAAGUGCCGCCUCUCCUCUCGAAACCAGCUGUAAACACAGAUAGGGAGGGGCCUCCGUGCCUGCCAAGGGAGGCAGCAACUUUGUGAGUAAUUGACUCAAGGAAAACAAGUGUGGCAGGCAGGAGCGUGUGCGGUGCUCACGCGUCGCUGGCUGCCGCCACAGAGUGGCCCCGGGGUUCCCGAGAGACAGGCGCUGGCCUUGUCAUGCUGCCUGUUGCUGACCUCUGGAGCCCACAGUACGAAGGAAGGAGGGACUUGAGAUAAAGAGCUGCGGAGCUGGCGUAGGCUGCCAUGUGGAGCUGUGGCCCACUCAACAGCACAGCGUGGGGUGAGGAGCCGCUGUGCCGGAACCUGCGCCUGGGGCUGUGGGUCCUGUCGCUGCUCUACCUGGGGGCAGGCGUCCCCGUGGGCCUGGGCUACAAUGCCCUCCUGGUGCUGGCCAACCUGACCAGCAAGAACAGCAUGACCAUGCCUGACGUGUACUUCGUGAACAUGGCUGUGGCGGGGCUGGUGCUCACGGCGCUGGCACCGGCGUACCUGCUGGGCCCCACCCACUCCAGGUGGGCCCUGUGGAGUCUCGGCAGCGAGGCCCACGUCACGCUGCUCAUCCUGUUCAACGUGGCCUCCCUGGUGACCAUGUACUCCACCGCCCUGCUGAGCCUGGACUACUACAUCGAGCGCGCCCUGCCCCGCACCUACAUGGCCAGCGUGUACAACACGAGGCACGUGUGCGGCUUCGUCUGGGGAGGGGCAGUGCUCACCAGCUUUUCCUCCCUGCUCUUCUACAUCUGCAGCCACGUGUCGUCUCGAAUCACUGAGUGUGCCCGCAUGCAGAACACGGAGGCGGCGGACGCCAUCCUGGUGCUCAUAGGCUACGUAGUGCCGGGUCUGGCCGUGCUGUACGCGCUCGCGCUCAUCUCCAGGAUUGGGAAGGGAGACACGGCCCUGGACCAAGACACCAGCAGGCUGGACCCCUCGGUGCACAGGCUGCUGGUGGCGACCGUGUGCACACAAUUUGGACUCUGGACACCUUACUACCUGAGCCUGGGGCACACGGUGCUGGCCGCGCGGGGGAGGCCCGUGGAAGGGCACUACCUGGGCAUCCUGCAGGUUGCCAAGGACCUGGCCAGGUUCCUGGCCUUCUCGAGCAGCUCCGUGACGCCGCUGCUCUACCGUUACAUCAACAGGGCCUUCCCCAGCAAGCUCCGGCGGCUGCUGAGGAAAAUGCCCUGUGGACGCCGGCACUGCUCCCCAGACCCUGCGGCCGUGCAGCAGGUGAUGGGGGCGUAGCUGGCCCCUCCCUCCCUGGUCGGCGAGGAACACUAAAAUCCAACUGGAAGCGUAGCACUGUUCCCCAGGCGCACGGCGCUUCUGUCCCCAUGCUUUAGGCAGGAUGGCACAGGGGUGCAUUUCUCCUGACAUUUUCUAUCUUCUCCUGAAAGGCCAGUCUUGGUCUUAAGCCGCAGUGUGGAAAGUGGUGGUGCCUUGUGCGAAUAGGCUGCUUCUAACUAACCUUCCCACCUUCCCCCCAAGGUGUGUGCCUUCCUCCCAGGGAUAGCUUCAAGGUCCAUGUCCUCACAAGCAGGCUGACCCUCCCUGGUAUUUGGGCUUUCUAAAUGAAGUGAUGAAAUCUAAAGCCAGUAUUUAUACUUCGUAUUGACACAAUACUUGAUUCCCCUCUUAUUUUUUUAAAUAAAAAGUGUUAGAAAAAUGCCUAGUGUUCAGAUGCAGGCAGGACAGAGGAACGUGGCUGUCGCUGGUAUCAGUGUUCUAGCCUGAGGACAGGACAGUGUCCCUGUGAGGCCUGCUUCGGCUACACGGUCAUCGCUGACAGUGGCAGCGGUGGAGCACGGGCCCCUCCCCAGCCACAGCCUCUCCUCUACCGAGAAAUGGUCUCAGGAUAGGCCUGGCUUUCCAGUGCCUCAGUGUAUGCACAUGAAGAAAUGGAAGAGAGAAAGUUCUGAGGUGAUAAAGCGUUAGCUGGGCAUGGAUGGGAAAGGCAGGACGGUAGGACAACCAGCAUCAGGGGGAAGGGCCCUGCCUGGCCAGUUUCACACAGCUGUGGGGUGGUAUGCGACCAGGUUCACCCCCACAGAUGUCUGGGUCCAGGCCUCCCCCAUGUGCCUCUGGGGCCGUUUGCCAUCCUUGUAUUUGGUAAUUGUUUACCGUGGGCAUGAAAAGAACUCCCUCCCUCCCCAUCCUGUUGCUGCCACCACCCCAUUCUUCAGGGCUACCCUGCAGGCCCACAGCUCCCUGCUCCCCGUUUUCAGAGAGCUAACCUGGCUGUUUCCUCGGAAGGCUGGUGUGGUCUGGACUCCGUGGCCUUCCUACAUGUCCCCGAGGCUGGUCCUGGCUGCUUGGGAACUUCAGCUAUGACUUAGUGGCUUUAGUUUAGUAGCUAUCUGUGCAAACUACAUUUCCUCAGAUGGUGACUGCCUGAAUUAGUUUGCCUUAGGAGAACUAGGGAGAUAGAUGAGGUCCUCAGCCCUGGCUGUGGUCCACUGGGCAUGUUCUGUGGGGCUCGGCUCCCCGUGAAUAAACCACAGGGCCAGGUUAGACAAGAGCCUUCAGAGUUGCUUAUGGCUGUAGGGUUUUGUUUUGAGGUCUUUAAAGUGGCAAGCCUGAUGUUCCCUGCCCUUCCCCGCCAGGUGGGCAGCUGAGUGAAGGCCCCGAGACUCUAAUGGCUGCCAGGCUUCCCAUCCUGAUGGCCACACUGACCACUUUAAUGCUUGUUGAGGAAACAAGACCUCUCACCAUGAAGGUUCUAGCUGGGCCUGGCCUGCAGGCCAACUGUAAUUCUCCUAUGGGUGAGAGCAAGCCUGGGGAUCAAGGUCAGGGCAAGCAAAGGGCAGCCUGAGCUUUGUGGGUCAUAGGGGAAAUGAGAUCCAGGUGGGCGGGGCUGCCUGUGACGUGGUGCCCCGGUUUAAGGCAGUCCCUGCCUUUGCUGACCAUUUCACACCCUUUGCUCCAGGCAGACGUCCUUGGGGGGACUCUGUGCCCUGGAAUCCUCCAUCCCGGCCAUCCCAAGCAAAGCGGGGAAUGGCUCAAAUCACAUUCCUCUGUCGCACUUUCUCAGUGGCCUUAGGUUCAAACUGGCCUGGUUCUAGGGGACCCUUGAGGGACUGGAAGCCAGGACCCUGUGACUGGCAUCAGCUGUACUUGUCCUGCAGGGGUAGCUCAGUGGACACCCGGAUGCCUGCCUGGGAGUGGUGGCCAUCUGCAGUGCAGACCCUUUCGCUGUAGAGAGGCCCUGGAACGAAGCGCCCUCCCGGCCAGAACCUCCUCCUUGCCCCAGCCUUCCACCACAGAUGCCCAAGCGCUCAAGUUACUCAUGCUCUGACCUUUGCUGUCUGUGACCCUGUCCUUCGCUCAUCCCGGGGGCCCCCACUGUCUGUUCCCCAAGUCUUCUGCCUUGCACCUCCCAAAGCAGGAAAGAACCUACAGCACAUAGAGGUUACUGCAGUGGUGUGGGUGUUAUGGGUGUGCACUGUGUGUGUGGUGAGUGGGUGUGGUAUGUAUGUGUGGGUGUAUGUGAUGUGGGGUGUGUGUGUGUAUGUGUGUGUGGUGUGGGUGUUAUGGGUGUGCACUGUGUGUGUGGUGAGUGGGUGUGGUAUGUAUGUGUGGGGUGUAUGUGAUGUGGUGUGGGGGGGUGGGUGUGGGUGUUGUGGGUGUGCACUGUGGGUGUGUGGUGAGUGGGUGAUGUGGGGUGUGUGUGUGUGUGUGUGUGUGUGUGUGUGUGAGAGAGAGAGAGACUCAGUGAUUCUUUCUUGCGUGAGUUUAAGGUGCCAGGCAGAAGAACACUUUUCCCCAAGGAUCAUUCAUUCGGCUGUCAUCACUUCUUGAUGGUUACAGUUUACGAUGAAUGCUUUUAUUUUCAGUAACUCACACGAAAACUUGCUGCACGUCAAUACUUAGGAUUCCAGAGAGUGAACUUUUCUUGGGCUUCCUUCACGAUGCCACAUGGCAUGACGCAGGAAAGCAGACCCAUUGCUCCCUGGGGCAGAUGUACCCAGGAACCGACAGACACCUGUUCUGUUGGGGAGAGCACGUGGCAGAGGUCAGACCAGAGAGAAGUUAUGACCUUAAACUGCAUGUCCAGUUCUUGGGUUUUAAGCCUGUGGGAACAUAUGGGAACAUUCUUAUUCCUGGUCUAUUCCCCCGUCCCCCGUGGAUGGUUCCAUUUGCCGAAAUUCUGUGAAUGUGAAAAAGAAACUACUGAUGAGAUUCACACAUCUUGACGACUAUUAAAUUAUUUAACACUCAA